AUGACUGAAGACAAGAAAGAACCGCAGUGUUCCAUGACUCCGCUGUCAGCUUCUUCCACUCUCUCUAUAUCCUCCUCCCCGUCAUGCACCACUCUGUCUUCAAAUGAUUAUGCCCUGUACCCAUACGAGGAGGCGGCCCCCGAGAGGACACUCAUCGACAUCUUUACCGCUUCCACCAAUGCGCACCCAAAAGCACUCGCACUCGACAAUGGCUCGACUCGCCUGACAUAUAUUGAGCUGACCAAGGCUGUCGACGCACUUGCUGGCCGUUUAUGCGAAGCUGGCCUCGGCCUUGGCGAUAGGGUUGGUAUCCGUGUCACCUCUGGCACAUCAGAGCUAUACAUUGGCAUCCUGGCCAUUCUCAAGGCCGGAGCUGCCUACGUCCCUGUGGACGUCGACGACCCGGACGAGCGUGCCGAGCUCGUCUUCUCCGAGGCUGGCGUCUGCGCUGUCAUUACCGAUAACAAUACCAUCACACUGCAAGAUACAAAGCCCAUUGUCAGAAGCGCAACAUUGGAAAAAGCCCCUUCCCCAGACAAUGACGCCUGGAUCAUCUUCACAUCCGGCUCGACCGGUAAGCCAAAAGGCGUCGCCGUCACGCACCGUAGCGCCGCUGCCUUUGUCGACGCCGAGGCCCAUCUGUUUCUCCCCAAAAAGCCCCUAGCCCCCGGAGAUCGCGUCCUUGCCGGGUUAUCCGUCGCCUUUGACGCCUCCUGCGAGGAAAUGUGGCUUGCGUGGCGCCAUGGCGCCUGUCUCGUUCCGGCCGCCCGUGCGCUGGUCAAGGCUGGCGCGGAGCUCGGCACCUUUCUCUCGGCCCAAAACAUUUCAGUCGUGUCCACGGUGCCCACGCUCGCGGCGCUGUGGCCGACGGAAGCUCUUUCAGGACUUCGUCUUCUGAUCCUCGGCGGCGAGGCGUGCUCGCCUGAAUUGGCCAGCAGGCUCGCCGGCGCCGUGGACUCGGUAUGGAACACGUACGGCCCCACAGAGGCGACCGUGGUGUCGUGCGGCGCCCCACUCACCGGCGCCGACCCGGUGGUCCGCAUCGGCCUUCCGCUCGCCGGAUGGCGGCUGGCUGUCGUCGGCGCCGACGGCCAUCCGGUCCGCUGGGGCGAAGAGGGCGAGCUCGUCAUUGGUGGCGUCGGCAUGGCGCGCUACCUCGACGUCGAAAAGGAUAAAGUCAAGUUUACGCCCUCGCCGGCGUUUGGCGGCGAGCGCGCCUACUGCAGCGGCGACCUGGUCCGCGCCGAAAAGGACGGCCUCUUGUUUGUGGGCCGCAACGACGAGCAGAUUAAGCUGGGUGGUCGUCGCAUCGAGCUCGGCGAGAUUGACGCCGCCAUGAUGACUCUGCCUGGUGUCAAGGGUGCUGCUAGCGCCAUCCGGCGCACCGACACGGGCAACCAGGUCCUCGUCGGGUACGUGGUGAGGGACAGCAAUGUCGCCGCCACUUCGGACAGGAGCAUCCUGAAACGAGUUCUGCCCCCGACUCUCAUCCCCAUGCUCGUCGCCGUGGAUAUCAUCCCGGUCCGCACCUCUGGCAAGGUCGACCGCAAAGCUCUACCGUGGCCGCCGCCCGAGUCUUCAUCCUCGACGGCGGCCAUGAGCGGAGGCACCAUGGCCUGGGUGGCAGGCCAGUGGCGCGCCGUCCUCGGCGCGGCGGGCGCGACGCCCGAAUCCAACUUUUUCGACCUCGGCGGCACCAGCCUGGCUGCGGCGCAACUCGUCUCGCAGCUGCGCCAAAAGUGCCACACGCUGUCGGUGGCCGAUGUCUACGAGCACCCGACGCUGACGGCCAUGACGGACCGCAUCGACGCGCUGCUGGGCACGUCCAUCGUGGAGCGCGAGGUCAAGCUCAGCCCGCGCUGGGUCAUCUUCAUCCAGAGCGUGGUGCUCGCCGCCGUCUUCCUGCUCGAGGGUCUGCGCCUCGUGGCGCCGCUCCUGCUGUCCAAGAAGAUAUUCCAGGCGGUCCUCAAGCGGCCCGGCGAGUCGUGGUGGGCAACAGAGCAUGACUUACCGUGGGCCGUCGUCGCCGUGCUCUGGGCUGUCUUGAUGACGAUGCCCGGCCGCCUGCUGACCGCCGUCGUCACCGUGCGGCCCCUCACCUGGGGUAUCCGCCCCGGCGAGUACCGUCGCGCGGGCCUCACGCAUCUGCGCCUCUGGGCCGCGGACCGCUUUGUCGGUGUCGCUCGGCUGGGCGCCGUUGCCGGCACAAACUGGGCGCGCUACUAUGCCCGGCUGAUGGGCUGCCACGUCGGCCGCGACGUGCAGCUGCAUGCCCUCGCGCCCUCGACGGGACUGGCGAGCUUUGGCGACGGCGCGGCCAUUGAGCCCGAGGUGGAUGUCGCUGGCUACUGGAUCGACGGCGACGUGGUGCGCGUUGGCAGCGUCACCGUCGGCGAGGGCGCCAGGGUCGGGGCGCGCUCCAUGCUCAUGCCCAACUCCGUGGUCGAGGCCUACGCCACUGUCGACCCGGGUCUCUCUGUCCAGGGCGUCGUCAAGUCGCCUCUGCCGCCGUCGGCCUCGUCGUCGGACCAGGGCUCCAGCCACGACGGCUCGUUCCGUCCGACAAAAGGCGGCUUUCGCAUGGGCCUCCUCUACACCACUGCCCUGCUGCUCCUGGACUUACUGCCCGUCUUGAUGUUUGCCCCCAUUUGGGGCCUCAUGCCGAUCCUUGUCAAGGACUACACCAAUUUCACGCAGCUCAGUAUUGGCAUCAUUGCCAUGACAGCCCCCGGGACCGUCGUUGGCAUCUUGCUCUACACUACUGCCGUUGUCGUCAUUGUGCGCCUGGCAAACCGUGCCAUUCAUCCUGGAUCUCACUCGUGGAACAGCAAGACUGCCUUUUGCGCCUGGCUCAUCCACUUCCUCAUGAUGGACAUUCGCAUGAUCAUGUUUCCCAUCUUUGCCAGCCUCUUCACCCCCGUCUGGCUGCGGCUCUUGGGCGCCAAGAUUGGCCGCAACGUGGAGUCGUCCACCGUGGUCCCCAUACCGUCCCUGCUCACCGUCAGCGACAAUGCGUUCCUGGCCGACGACGUGCUCAUUGCGCCGUUUGAGCUCAGCGGCGGGCGCAUUCAUCUUGGCCCCGUCACUGUCGGCAACAAGACCUUCCUCGGCAACUCAGCCAUUGUUGACCCCGGCAUCAACGUCCCUGACAACUCCCUCAUCGGCGUGCUGGGCUCUGCGCCCGGUGGCCUCGGCGAGAAGCAGAUGCAAGAAGGGACGUCCUGGCUCGGUCGCCCGCCCAUUCCGCUUCCUCGAAAGGUCGACUCCAACAUUGACCACUCGCUGACUUUUGCGCCCCCGAAGAAGCUCGUCCUUGCCCGUGCCUUGAUCGAGUCUUGCCGUGCCAUCCCUCUGCUUCUCAGCGGGUUCAUCCCUUCCAUGGCGAGUCUCGGCGCGCUCUGGAUCAUGUGGCACUUUGGCGUUGGCUUCGCUAUCCUCGCAGCCGGUGGCCUGCUGGUUGGUAGUGCGUUUCUCGCCGCCGCCAUCUGCAUUGCCGCCAAGUGGAUUGUGACGCCCAACGUCAAGGCCGGCAGCACGCAUCCGCUCUGGAGCUCUUUUGUCUGGCGCAACGAGCUUGCCGACUCGUUCCUGCAGGCCAUGGCCCUCCCCCUUAUGGUGCGCUUCUUCUACGGGACGCCGGUGCUGGCCAUGUUCUUCCGUGCCCUCGGCGCCAAGAUUGGCCACGGCACGUGGAUCGAGAGCCACCUGCUACCCGAAGCGGAUCUCUGUCGCGUUGGCGACGGCGCCACCAUCAACAGAGGCAGCCUGCUGCAGACGCACCUGUUCCACGAUCGGCUGAUGCGCCUGGACGAAGUCGAGCUCUGCAAUGGCGCUACGCUGGGUCCCCUGACCGCAUCGCUCCCCGGUACCGUGAUUGGCGCGGGCACGACGGUGUACCCCGUCUCGCUGGUGAUGCGAGGCGAGCAUCUUCCGGGAAGCACACGCUGGCGAGGCAACCCCGUCCGACCAUGGAGCGAAGGUGGCGAUGAGAAGAAGAUAGGCAAGAGUUCUCGAAGCUCAAGCUGGGACUCACCUUCGCCUGUAUAG